CAUAAAAUUGGAGGCAUUUAAACGUAUUCACUCAUUUUUUAAUAUGAUUAUAAAUUUUCUUGAAAUAUUCCUCAAUAAUUUAUAAAUAUUAGUUGUUUCCCCCCUUCCCCAAUCAGUAUUUUUGAAUUGACGAAUCACGAUGUUGGAUUACCACAAUAACAUGUUGACGAUCAUCGCUGGCACCUUUGGAGCCAUAGGGGUUAGUACUAUCGCUGGCGCGACGGCCUGGUAUUGGUCUCACAUGCCAAAGUCUUGCAAACCUCUUUUAGACAUAGCCAAACAAUCCAGGGAGAUCGAUAAAGAGACCGGCGAACACGUAUCCCUGUUUUGCAAGGAUGGCAAAUUAGUCGAGUUUCCAUCGGAGGAUUUGACAACCUUGGACAAAAUAACCAAAAAAGGACUUCAAUUAUCAAAUGAUGGUAAUAUAUUUGGAUGGCGAACGGAUGCAAAUUCACCGUAUUCUUGGAUCAAAUACUCACAAUUUAUAGAACGAGCUCACCAUAUUGGCUCUGCCUUCAUCAAUUACGGUCUCAAGCCGGGAGCCAAUAAUUUCGUUGCCAUAUAUUCGAUAAAUCGACUCGAAUGGGUAUUAGCGGAACACGGGUGCUACAUGUAUUCAAUGGUACUUGUUGCGUUGUACGAUACUCUCGGACCCGAUGCCUGCAAUUACAUAUUAUUACAAACCGAGGCCAAAAUCGUCGUUUGCGAUACCAUAAAACGUGCUCGCAUAGUUAUAGACAAUUGCAUUCAGCACCACAAUCCCUAUCUAAAAACUAUUGUGCUCGUCGAAGACCUAGACCAUCCAUCCAAUGAAACCGAAAAAGAUGCUCUCAUGGAAGAUAUCCAGAAUUCACAAAACACCAUAAAAAUCGUGAGUUGGAAGGAUUUCGAGGAGGAUGGUCGUAAGAACCCUAAAACGCCAGUGUCCCCCAAGCCGGAUGAUUUGUGUAGCGUGUGCUAUACCAGUGGUACUACAGGCAACCCUAAAGGAGUUAUGCUGACUCACAAAAAUUUGCUUUCUAUGUGCGCCGGGCUCAUAUGUCAUUUCGAUAACAUGCUCAACCCCAACACUGUUAAUAUAUCUUUCCUGCCUUUGGCUCACAUGUUAGAGAGGGUAGUUGAGAUGAACGUAAUAAUGCACGGAGGAAGAAUAGGCUUCUUUUCUGGUCACAUUAGGAAUUUAUCUCAGGACAUGAAAAUUCUCAAACCAACAUUAUUUCCUACCGUUCCAAGAAUGCUCAAUAAGAUGCAUGAUAAAGUUACAGAAUCUCUCAGAAAGAGUUGGAUAAAGAGCAUGAUAUUUAAGGUAGCCCUUAAAGCCAAAGAAGAAGAAAUAAAAAGGGGUAUAAUUCGUGACUCGAGUCCCUGGGACGCUGUAUUUGCGCCGAUCCGGGCGGAGCUGGGUGGUGCCGUACGCUUCAUAGCCGUUGGGUCAGCUCCGUUGAGUCCGCAAGUCAUGACCUUCGCGCGUUGUGUGUUGGGUAACUGCGUUAUCCUAGAAGGAUAUGGGCAGACUGAAUGCGGGGGCGUGUGCACACUUCAAGUGCCCGGCGAUUUUAAGGGAAGUUCGGUCGGCCCUCCCCUGCCAUGCAACAAAAUAAAGAUGUGUGACGUGCCCGAUAUGGGCUACGAAUAUGGGCUCAACGGGAAAGGCGAGAUUUGUGUCAAGGGUCCAAACGUCUCUCAAGGUUAUUACAAAGAACCCGAAUUAACGGCACAGACCAUUGACAAAGAUGGGUGGCUUCAUACCGGAGACAUUGGCAAAUGGUUACCCAAUGGCACAUUAUCUAUAAUUGAUCGCAAGAAAAAUAUAUUCAAAUUAUCUCAGGGAGAAUUCGUUGCUCCGGAAAGGAUCGAAGGUAUAUAUGCCCACAGCCAUUACGUAGCUCAGAUAUUCGUUUAUGGGGAAAGUAUAAAAUCCUGCCUUAUAGCCGUCGUGGUUCCCAACGAACACACCGUCCUCACUUGGGCCAGCAAACAAAUUAACCACCCUCAUUUAAAAGAAAUGGCUGACAGUCUUGGCAAACAUUUUACCGUUUCGGGCUCAGAUUUAUGCGGCGGAACGCGCAAAAUUUGGGCCGAGAUAUGCAAGGACCAAGUCGUCAAACAACUAAUUUUGGACGAUAUGAAGGAAACUGGCAAGAAACAAGGACUUCAGGGAUUUGAGCAGAUUAAAGACAUACACUUAAAUCCUGACAUGUUUUCCGUUGAAAAUAAUCUUUUAACUCCCACUAUGAAAGCUAAAAGGGGAUCAUUAGCCAGGUUUUUUAAGCCUCAACUGCAAAACAUGUAUAGUAAUCUUGACUAAAAAAAGAUCAUUUUUAAUCUUCUCUUUUUUUAAAAAUUUUCAAAUGCAAAUAUAAACUUUAAAAAAAAAUCAUAGUAUAAUUAUAUUGCAAUUUAUAAAAAUCAUAAAAUUAUUUUAUUAUUUUUAGUAGUAGUAAUAUAUAUAUAUUUAUUUUAAAGCACACUUAUAUUUUUAGGUGACUAAAUAUAUAUAUUAAAAAUCGUGCAAAUGACCCCCUCCCCAUUGUUUAUGAAUUAUUUACUUUUAGACAUUUUAUAUGUCUUGCCAAUCCAACAUAAUUAAAUUAUUAUACAUAUUAGAUAUUAUAUACAAUGUACAAAUCAAUACAAUUAAUUAUUUGUAAUUUUUUUUUUUUUUAAAAUAUUAAUAUAUA